GACGCUCUGGCGGCUCCUUCUGCCCGCUGGGCUACGACCGGUUUCCAGCGGGGCAUUCCUCGGCAGCCUCCCGUGAAAUCCCUGGAAUUUCCGGGGAAGCUGUGGCUUGGCUUGGGAGCCGCGGCUCACGUGACUUCCAGGGCCGUCUUCAAGGGUUCCCUUUGCCGCUCCCCAUAACUUCCCUUGGCGGGGCAAGGUUUGAGCGGGGCUCGCUGGCCGUGGACCUCGGGGAUCAUAAAAGCUACGCGCCGCGGAGAGAUUCCGCCUUCCGGCCCUUGGAAAGCCUCCGGCCGUCUCUUCUUCUUCCUGCAAGCAACUCCCGCGGCCGCCUCGCUUCUUUCCCAGCUCCCCUCCUGCAAGGAUGGGGGCAGGCGCCUUGGCCAUCUGUCAAAGUAACUCAGCCGUCAGGCUUAAAGAAGAUGUGAAAAAGAUGGCCGUCCCGCCCCCGAGCAGACAGAAGGGGUCCUGUCACCACCGGAGGUUGUUUGGCAUUAGUCUUCAGGAAAUGCAGCAAGAAGGGCUCAGCAAGUGUGGAAUCCCAACCGUGGUAUGGGAUAUUGUAGAAUAUCUGUCUUGGCACGGUCUCGAGCAGGAAGGUCUUUUCAGGGUGAAUGGUAACCUGAAAACAGUGGAACAGCUGCGCACAAAGUACGAGGGUGGAGAUCAAGUAGAUCUCGCCGCAGAGGCUGACGUAAGCUCAGCCGCCAGUUUGCUGAAGUUAUUUCUGCGGGAGCUGCCAGAUCGGGUGAUCCCUUCGGCCCUUUACCCCAAAUUCAUCCAGCUUUAUCAAGCCAGCCAGAAGUGUGGUCUGGAGACCAGCGGUUUAAGAGACCUUCUGAGACAGAUGCCUGACACUCACUAUUGUCUCCUUAAGUACCUUUGCCAUUUCCUGAAACAGGUUGCCGAGCAUCAUUCUGAGAACAAAAUGACUGUUUCCAACCUUGCUACUGUUUUUGGACCAAACUGUUUUUGUGUCCCACCUGGCUUUGAAGGGAUGAAGCAGCAGGAAAUCUGUAACAAAAUUAUGGUCCACAUGUUGGAGAACUACAGUUCCUUGUUUGAAUGGGAGCCUCAGAAGAAGCAAGGAGAAUGCAGAGAGUCACCGAAAAUUAUAUUGGUGAAAGAGGCCCGUUGCAAGUCAUCUCCUCCAAUCUUGUUGAAGAACCAUGAGACAGAAACGCCCAAGCCAAAACCAAGAACAAAGUCCAGACCAGGAAGACCAUCUCUGACGCCUUUAAUGCUGCAGCCGAGACUGUCAGAUGGAAUUCCUGGGGUUAGCAUCCAUUUAACCAAUAGUUUGCGUCCCAAGGAGAUGGAGUUAGCGGAUGAAAUCUCCUUCCUAAGCAGUGGUGCGUUCUUCACCAGUUCCCAAGAGGAUGAAAGGCCUUUAUCACCAUUCUAUCUGAGUGCUCACGUGUCACAAGUCAACAACGUCCCUGCUACUGGAGAAUUCUUAGAAAAGACAAUCCGGACAGCUGUCGAACAACAUCUGUUUGAUGUUCAUGGCUCUAGUGGUCAAAGUUCUGAAGAAUCUGAAUCUGGAACAUCAUUAACAUCUUCUGGUGUAUCUACUGGGCAGCGCAGGAGACAUCAUAAAGAACAAGAUGAAGGCCGAAAGGCCAGAGAUAGGGAGGUCAUCAAUAAAGAGAAUAUCCCUUCUGGCUUCAGUAGCAUUGAAGAGUGUAUGUUAAAUGCUCAGGAAGUGGAAAAAUGCCACGAGAACAGUUCUGGUUACAUAGGCGAAAGAAGUAAACCAAAACGUCAGAAAUCCAGCACCAAACUAUCUGAGUUUAACGACAGCCAAGAGAGUUCUUUGGCGAUGGAAACUUUUGGUUCCUUGAAACAUGUGGAUGGAAGAGGACCAGAUGAAAUGGAGGUGUUUCUGAAGAAAGCAAAGACGGCAGAAAUGAGGUAUGAUUUGUUAAUGCACAAUCGGUUUGUGUCCUUUGUACCAUUUGCAAAAUAA